AAACCUGCUGCUCGAUAUCUUCCUCCGCCUUCCCUCCCUCUCGGACCUCGUCCGCGCCGCCUGCACCUGCCUGCCCUGGCGCAACCUGGUGACCAAUUUCCCCCCUUCCGUCGUCAAUUCAUCGACCUCCACCCGGCGCCCCUCCUCGGCCUCUUCUUCGGCACACCAUUUCCAAAUGUCCCUCACAAUGACUUCCAGUGUAUCCCGGCCUUCGCCCCCGCCCGCCGGAAUGAUCCGGAGCUCGUGGCCGCCAUCUUGAGCGGUGACUUUUUCCUCACCACCCUCCAGGCGCGCGAUGGCCCGGAAGCUUACUGGAUCGUCUACGAUGCCCAUGGCGGUUACCUUCUCCUCAAGAAACUGGGCGAGCUAUUGCUCGCGCUGCUAAACCCCUUGGCACGGUGGUGCGAACGGUUCUUUGAUCUGAGUGACGCCCACAUCUUCGACGACGACGACGACCGCGAAGGCAAUGGUCAAUUCCUUCACGCCGGCCUGAUUUGCGAUGACGAAAACCCCGAGAGCUUUCGCAUCUUCUGUCUUGUUGCCCAUGGAAAGUUCAGGUUGCGGGCUGCGGUCUUCUCCUCAUUCUUGGGAAUAGGCGGCGAUUGGUUCCUCUCCCCAUGGUUGGAUGUCCCGCACGCCGACCCGGAAGGCGGCCAAGGUGAUCUUUUGCCUGAGAGCGGCAUGCGAGUGGGUAAUUUCAUCUACUAGCCAUAUCGGAAUCGUGCGUAUGUGGUUGUCUUGGACCCCGACCCAAACAACCCACGAUUGUUUGUUGAGAUGAUCCCACCUCUCCUGAAUCUGGAUGGUUUUCCCAGCUCGAUCCUUGGCCAAAUUAACGGCGUUAACAUGUGCAUUGCUUAUUCAAAAGGAUUCAACAUCGGUUUCAUGCUGCGUCAAGAAGAUGGCCUUGAUGCUGGGGCAUGGGUUACCAUCAGGGUAUUCAACCUGACUGAUGAAGUUCGACGGAAGCUUGGGUACUUAACCAAUGGGCUGGAAAUUGUGGCAAUGCAGGGUAGCAUAGUGUACUUCACAACAUCACAGAUGUUCCAUCCGCUCGAGUACACUUGUUGGUUCGCUUGUCUGUGCUUGGAGAGUCGCAGCCUGGAGUGGUUGUUUCUGUGGACGUAUUAUGGUCUCUUCCAACCAUACCACCAUUCAUCAUGGAGUAUUUUUCUGUUACGAGAGAAUGAAAGAUUUUAUCCCUUCAUAUGAGGAAUGAUGACAACCAGAGAAGGAUAUUCUGUGAAAAGCAUUGCUUUGUUCUCCUACUGAAUCAAAACAUCCAGCUACCAUCCAGAACUGAUCUCUUCUUUGGACCUGCAUUAUGCCGAAGGUCCUGACGAAGUUCCUUGAUAUUCAGGAUUCAAUGACAAGUCAAUCCUGUAUUUUGAUCUUUUAUGGUAAUUCUUGUUGUCUUCUGUUACCAAACUUACCAUUUAUAUUCGUGGUGAAUUACUUCAUCUGUUCCUUUACAUUUAGGAUUCUGUGACAAGUCCAUCCAGUAUUUUGAUGGUUUAUGGUAAUUGUGUUGUCUUCUGGUACCAAACUUACCAUUUACAUUGUGGGUGAAUUACUUAUCUGUUACUUGGGUUCGCUACUGUCUCUUCUCGGUGUUGGGGCAAGGCAUCAGGACAUUGGAGCCUCUUUUUGUUCUGUCUGCAAGAUCAGUAUUCUCAACAAGUUG